AUGAAUUUUAACGCAUCUAGAAAUGUGGGUCAGGGUGGAGGCAUUCGUAAAGCGAAGCGAGUCAGUGAUGUAGCAGCGAUGGGUGUUCCGUCGCCUGCUCCUUCUUAUAGUCCUGCACCUGGUUACAGCCCUGGCUAUCCGCCUGCAGGCCCACCUCCUGCAUAUCAGGAAGGAAUACAGUUAGAUAAUACUCAAGAUUUUGGUGCACCUGUACCUAAUGCAAAUUAUGGUUACAUGGGAGGUUAUACCCAGCCUCCAAUACCAAACCCAGCACAACUCGGCUCAAUGUUACAGCAGCCUAUUGUACAGGACAUGGCUCUGCAAUACGGCAACCAGCUGGCAGCCCAAGGUCGGGACGUGGUGCAGCGCGAGAUCAACAAGUACGUGCCGGUGUCGCGACUGCGGUACUACUUCGCGGUUGACACCAGAUACGUCAUGAGGAAACUGCUCCUCAUAAUUUUCCCCUAUACACAUAAGGAUUGGAUGGUGAAAUAUGACCAGGACACACCGGUGCAGCCGCGGUACGACCUCAACGCUCCAGAUCUGUACAUCCCCUCAAUGGGCUACGUCACAUACGUCCUGUUGGCUGGCUUUAUGUUAGGUCUUCAACACCGUUUCUCUCCUGAACAAAUCGGAAUGCAAGCUUCCUCAGCGCUUGCAUACAUUUUAUUUGAAAUGAUAAUGUACCUGGUGACUCUGUAUGUGACCAAUACGAAUACUAAUCUGAAGACCCUGGACCUGGUGGCUUACUCCGGGUACAAAUACAUCAUCAUGAUUGCUAGUCUGCUGGCCGGACUCAUGUUGAGCAAGACGGGGUAUUAUUGCAGUUUGCUGUACAGUAGUUUUGCACUCAGUUACUUCUUGGUAAAAUCUCUUCGGCUGCAGCUCCUGUCGGGGUCUCAGGCGCCCUCGCAGCCCCCGUACGGCGCGUACGGCCAGGGCUACGCGCCCAGCCCGGGCUACGCGGCCAGCCCCUACGCGCAGUCGUGGGGCAAGGCCGGCGGCACCAAGCGGCGCGUGUACUUCCUGCUGUUCGUGGCCGUCACGCAGCCGCUGCUGUCGUGGUGGCUCACCUACCACCUCGUGCCCUCCGCGGCCCUCCCCUCUCUCCCCUCUCUCCCCGCGGGGGCAGAGCCCGCGCGAUAG